AUGGGUUGUCAGUUGGGAAAGUUAGCGGCGAGUGAAAGGAGGGUGAAUAACCAAGGGUUAGGGGAUGGACCCCCACCUGCUACGGACCCGAGGCUUCCGUUAACUGCUAAGCAGAAAUAUUCCAUGCUAGCAUCAUGGAAAGGGAUAUCGAGGGCGAUGGAGAAAACAGGCAUAUGUAUGUUCAUAAAGUUAUUCGAAGAAAAUCAAGAUCUACUAAAUAUGUUUGAGAAAUUUCGUCAGUACAAGACUAAAGAGGAACAGAUCAACUCUAUGGAGUUAGCAGAACAUGCGAACAACGUAAUGAACACUUUAGACGAAGGUAUUAAAGGAUUGGACGACUUAGACAAUUUCUUCGAGUACAUACAUCAAGUUGGUGCAAGUCAUAGGCGGAUACCGGGCUUUAAAGUAGAAUAUUUUUGGAAAAUUGAAACGCCUUUCCUCGCUGCAGUAGAAUCUACCUUAGGCGACCGAUACACACCGAACGUGGAAAAUAUUUAUAAAAUAACUAUAAAAUUCAUCCUGCAGACCUUAGUAGAUGGAUAUGAGAAAGCCGCUAAACAGAAUUCUACG